GGUGCUUUUCCACGAAUCAUAUGACUCAUGACACAGUAAAUGCUGCUGUGAUUGUUAUGUAUGCGUAGUGCUUGUGAUCGUCAUGUGCGCAUUGUUUAUAAUAUCCCUAAUUCUACUGUUUAAUGCGAUUGUCUCCAGCAGACAUGAGCGUCAAGAGUAUACAAUGUAUGAAGAGCAGCAGUGGUCAUGUGGGGAUGGGAAUCUGACAUUUGCUUCUUAUUAUGGGGAUCAUAUGGUGCUACAAAAGUCUCCGGAGAGAGCCGGGCUGUGGGGCUGCGGACCACAAGGGGCACAAGUCACUGUUUAUGUACUAGGUCCAACUAUUCAGAAGACACUGGCCAGUGUCUCAAACGAAUCUGGGAUAUGGAGAGUGAUGCUUGAACCUGUUGAACCUGGAGGCCCAUACAACAUCACCGCUGCUUUGACAAACCCCCAAAACACCUCAGUCACUUUGGUAGAUGUCUUGUUUGGAGAUGUGUGGCUGUGCAGUGGUCAGAGCAAUAUGUACUUUGAAGUCUCAAAGAUAUUCAAUGCAUCGGACGAGCUGGCCCUAGCAUCCAAAUAUCCACAUGUGAGGUUUUUUAUGGUAGGCUUGGUUCAGAGCAACACUGAGCUGCUUGACUUGACUAAAGUUCAUAUUCCUUGGUCUGUGCCCAAUGAAAAGGAUUUGGCUCCUUUUUCAGCUGUGUGCUGGCUGUUUGGCCGUUACCUCUAUGAGAUGUUAAAGUAUCCCAUUGGUUUGGUAGAGUCCAGCUGGGGAGGAACACCUGUGGAGGCCUGGUCUUCACGCAGUGCGCUUCAGAAAUGUGGCCUUGAUUACCCGGAUGAAAAGUUUUUUGGUCCUAAUGUAAAUUCAGUCUUGUGGAAUGCAAUGAUUCACCCAUUGCUUAAUUUCACCAUUAAAGGAGCAAUCUGGUAUCAAGGGGAAGCAAAUGCAAACUAUCACAAAGACUUGUACAACUGCACUUUCCCUGCCAUGAUCGAUAACUGGAGGAUAGCUUUCCACGAGGGCUCAGGGGGUCAGACAGCAAUCCAGUUUCCUUUUGGAUUUGUACAAUUAUGCACAUAUCUUCAGAACUCUACCGAUGAUGGUUUUCCUGAAAUACGCUGGCACCAGACCGCAGACUACGGCUUUGUCCCAAACUUUAGGAUGAAGAACACCUUUAUGGCCGUGACCAUGGAUUUGCCUGAUGAAACAUCCCCCUAUGGAACAAUCCAUCCACGGGAUAAGCAGGAUGUCACGUACAGACUGACACUCGGUGCAAAAGUUGUGGCUUAUAAACAGUCUUUGUCUUUCCAAGGUCCUUUCCCUUGUCUUAUUUCACCCGAUCAAAUGUAUGUAAACAUUACAUUUGAUCAGCAGGUCUCAGUCACACCAUCUAAAGACAUCUUUGAGAUAUGCUGUUCUGCCAAUGUCUCAUUAUGCGGGCUAAAGUCCAAUUGGGUGUCUGCUCCCAUGAAGGAGUGGGAUGAAACAACAAUACAUAUAUCUACAAAGUCAUGUCCCUCAUCUGAAGUGGCUGCUGUUCGUUAUGCAUGGAGAGACUGGCCCUGUAAUUAUAAGGCUUGUCCAGUUUACAGCUCCAAAACCUCUCUACCUGCUCCACCAUUCAUUAUUAACUUAAAAUCAUCAUCUGGAUGGAAAAGAAAUACUGCAACUGAUCAUUAUUUAAACAAUGGUGAUGGGCUAAAAGUAGAUGAUGGUUUGUUAUAGAAAUAAUUACACCUGGAAAUUACAUUCUAUAAAAAGAAGGAGAUAAUCAUAAUAGCUAGUUGCCUUAUAGAAAACAAUGACAGUAGCUACAUUUUGCUUGUUUUAUUUUGUUAUAAUCAGGAUGGUGCUGAAAUGAUGCACUUUACAUUUUGUAAAAUAGCAGCAAUUACAAUCAAUCUUGAAAUAAAAAGUGCAAUAUUAACACAGUAACAUGUUAAAAAAAAUGAACAAUAGAUGAGUUAACUGACCAUAUACUAUAUAUGUAUAAAUUACCAGUUUUCAUUAUGAGUGACUGCUGAUUUUCAGGAGCUGUAGUAAGAGGUGGAAGGUUUCAGAUUUGAAGAACUGGGUGACUGAGGAGUUUGUACUGUGGAAAGAAAAAAUAUUACACAUGUUUUUUCCUGCAUCUUCAACACAGGCUCCACAGGUAUAUUGUCAUGCAUUAUUUAGAGUUGCAGAACUAAUUCAUUCUAAAUUGCAGUACAGAUAGUGUCUGGUGAUACAUAGGUGGCAUCUAAGAAUUUAUUUAUUUCUAUAUUCCUGUAAGAAACUUCAUUUAGAUUUGAAUCCAUUGCUUAAUUUUAAGUCAAGGGGGUAAAUGUGGAUUCCUGUGGUAGUAAUGGUCAAUUUAUGAUGGCAAACAAUCAAAACAACAUAUACAGUUUUUCAAAAAUGUAAAGAAAUAUUCAGCUACCUAUGACAUGCUCAGUCUUUAUGUCUUUAAAACUCUGGUGUCUCUGGAAGGCAUCAAAGUUUAUAGAGGCAUCAUCCUCUGAUAGACUGUGAGCGAUCUGUCCUUCUCCAGGUCGACACACCUCAAAACGUAUCCAUCGAUAACUAGAGAUAAAAAAAAAAGUGAGCAAUGAUAUGACCUAUAGUUGGAUUUACAAUGAAGAAACCCUCUCCAAUUCUCAUUUUACAAUGCAGAAAAAUAAGUGAAUCAGCAUUUCAAAGAAAAACUGCUGAAAACGCAGUGUAUGAAGUGUUGGUCUAGUUGCAAAUAUGCUUUGGUCUACAUGUUGAAUAAUUAAUGUUUACUAAGCAAAGUCUAUAGCCUAAAUAAAUAGCCCACUCUUACAAUGCUUAUUAAAGGUCCUAUAUUAUGCAAAAAAUUGUUAUAAUAUUGUUACCUGCUCAACAACAUACCUAGAGCAGUGGUUUGUUUCAUUCACACAUGUUUAAGUAACCCUUUAUUAUUAGUCUGUCUACAUUUUCAAAGCUCACAUAUUGUGGAACAGAAGUACUUUUUACCUUUAGUUCAGAUGAGAUUGGCAACUCCAGGACUAAAUUUAUCCAAAUUAUUCUAGUGAAGGUUUAUAGUUUUAAAACAGUGGAGAACUUCCUGUAUUACCACAUGACAUCACAAGGAGGAACCAUGUUUUCAAUUCAGUGAAAAAAUAUGCAAAAUUUGUGUUAUUAAUAUAUGUAUAAUACAUGUUAUUAAUCAGGAAACAGCAUUAUAACAGAUAGGAAAAUAGCAAAUUAUGGGCCCUUUAAUAAGGGGCUGUUAUUGUACCACAUUUAUUCUAAGAAAACUUCACCCAGUUGUACUCAAGUAGUCAAAUUUACUGAAGAGGUGGACUUACUUAGUACAUUUACGGGCUCCAGGACAGCUCUGUAUGAGAUUUUGUAUCGUAGGAUGAGAGAAACCAAAGAAGUCUGCUCCAGAUGGUAUGACAGGGACCACAGGUUUUAAGCUGUUGAUAUAAAUAUAUUGUUGUAUAUUAUUGUAUGUAUGUUGUUACAGAAAUGUGAAAUUAUUAAAAUGGGAAUUUGGUAUACAA